AUGCCUCUAGACCCGACAAUUUUGGAGUAUGCCUUGAUAGUUACCACGGCAUCUUCAUGUGAUCGACCUUCUUCAGCACUACGGGUGAAGUUUUCAGUAGAUGGAGACAUGUAUUCUGUUACUAUCCCGAUGACCGUUGCCGAUUUUGCUAGAAUGGUUGAUGAUGGGGAAGAUAUCGUUUCUUUUAUCAAGAGUCAGGAAGUUUUCCAGGAUUAG